CCUACAUACCAGACCAGUGCAAGCUCGUGUAGCCUUUGUACAUGCAGCCCAUGUGCUGUGUUGUCAGAGUUGAACUUCCUCGUCCUGCAGAAGAAGGAGGAUAGAGGCGUGACGUCGCUGCCCGCAGAGAGGCCCGUACGGCACGGCAGCAGGAGAGAGGCAGGGACACGCCGUGCGGGGGACGGACGCUGCUGCAGCCGCAGAACACACUGCUGCGAAACUCGGGGAGCAGCCAGCCAGGGCACAAAACAACCCGGCAACUUUGCAGAGACGACAGACAGCCAUAAUGCGGCACCGCCCGCCGACCCCGGAGCUGAUGUGACUGUGCACAGCCAGAGCAGGGAGGAAGCGGCGGACACCACCAGCACCUCUCCCCGGUUGCCUCGUCGCGGUUUUGCGCGGCAGGCAGGUCGGUCGGUCGGUCGGUCGGUCGGUCUGUCUGCUUGUCUGGAGGGGGACAUGUCCUCGCUAACCGUAGAGGAGGACCAGAAAUGGUUACCGACACACGUCCAGGUGACGGUGCUGAGAGGCAGGGGCUUACGGGGCAAGGGCAAGCACGGCACCAGCGACGUGUACACUAUCAUCCAGCUGGGGAAGGAGAAAUACUCGACCUGCGUGCUGGAGAAGACCACCGAGCCGGAGUGGAGGGAGGAGUGCUCGUUCGAGCUGCACCCCGGCGUGCUGGAGAACGGCGGGCGGAGCAGCUAUCCGGCCGGGAGCAACGAGCUGGUCCUCAUCGUUAUGCACCGGGCGCUCAUUGGGAUGGACGUGUUCCUCGGGCAGGCGGUGAUCCAGCUGGAUAAGGUCUUUCAUGAGACUAGAUACGUCAAAAACGAGUGGUACAAGCUCAACUCUAAGACGGGGAAGAAGGAGAAGGAGCGAGGAGACAUCCAAGUCAGCGUCCAGUUCACCCGAAACAACCUGACGGCCAGCAUGUACGAGCUGGUGAUGAAGGACAAAGGAGUCUCCACCUUCGGCAAGCUGAAAGAGCGCAUCAAGGGGAAGAGGAGAUCCAGCGAGGAGGACUCGUCCUCGGCCGUCCUACCGAGCGGUUACGGCUCCCUUUACCGGAUACGGCAGCGGCUCCCGAGUGACGGAGGCGGGGAAGAGGACUACGAGGAUGAUGAGGGGGGCGAGGCCCGGCGGAGCAAGAUGAGGACCUACUUUCUGAGAGGGAAGCUGAGGAAGUCAUCGGACACUCGUUCCUGCACGUCGCUGGGCUCGGAGAGCAGCGAGUCGUCGUCCCGGGGCGGGAGCCUCAGCCCCACGGCCGGCAUCAGCGUGGUGGUCUCUGACCUCUCCAACUCGCCCAGCAACAGCAGCAACCUGACGGCCGAUAACAGCCCAGAGCACACCGAAAACACGUCGCCCAAGGCGUCCUCUCUCAUAUGUGAGUUUGGGGACGAUGACGGCGAGAUCAGCAUCGCAGUGCCUCAGCCCACUGUGUGCGUCAACGGAAGCCAUGCUUACAGCAUCCAGCCCCUGGACCCCGGCUCAGGAAAACCUGCAGAUUCUCUAGGCCUGGGCCUGUUGCAGAAGUCUUUGCCUCUCUCCACGUCUCUGCAGAACCUCAGACCUUCCACCGACCUCCCCAAGGGCUCCGUCGGAGAUGGGCGCCGCUGGUCUUUCGACAAGCCCGGCGAGGAGGAGAAGGCGGCCAUCGCGGCGGCCCUGGAGCAAAGCGGCCCCAUGCUGGGGGAUGAGGAGGAGCAGUCGGGACAGGCUAAAUCCGCCUCCUCCUCCUCUUCCAUGGCGGACUCGGAAAGCCAGGGGAGAAAGCAGAGGAGGAACUUGUUCUCCCACGGGAGGAGUGAGUCUGCGGGGAAAGGGCAGAGUAAGUCCAAGGAUGAGUCUGAACAGGCCCCAGCUGCCACUGAGGAGAAACACAAGGGAUGGUUUGGAUCAAAGGACUCGCACAGCAAACCCAGCCUGGAGGUGUCACCUAAACUAGAGCCCAGCACUGACCCCCACCCACCACCCCUCCCACCCGGUCACCACCCCCCGGGUCCCCCUGUAGAUCCUGCCCCUGUGCUUUCUCCACUGCAUCACACUAACCCCUUCUGCCACUCACAGACCACACCACUUGCCAUGUCCCCCUGCAACCCUUUCUUCUCUCUCCUCCAGCACAACCCUUUCUAUGACGACAUGCUAACCGCUCAGCCCCUAAAACCUUCGCUGCCUCCUCUGCCCUUUCUCUCCAGUUCCCGGCCCCCCAUAGUUCAACUCUUUCCGCAGGCGAGUAACCCUAACCCCAACCUGGCUCAGGACAACCCAACCACAGAGGACUCCAUCAUUGGCACAGUUGCAAAGAGCGACGCGAUGGCCAAAGAUGAGAAACGACCUCUUCCUCCAGUUCCCAUGGAAGAGGAGGAACCUUUAAGCGUGAAGUUGUUAAACCCUAUUAUGUCUGCCGAUUCAGAGUGGGACGAAUCCUUUGAAGCAUUUGCAGCUGGCAGGCUGCAGUCUCCUGAGGAUCUGACUACAGGAUGCAAAACGCAGCAAAACACACCCAGUGACCAUCCACUGGAACACUGCAAUGAUAAAGGAGCAUCACUACCCUUAACCGAUCAAAACACAAAUGUAAAUGACGCACUACAUCAUCAACCUUGCACAGAAUUUGCAUUCGAGGCACCUAAAGCCAUCCGCCAGGCGACCAACACUAACACUUAUCAUCUUGACACAUUUGCACAAUUCCUUGAGACAAUCCCAGAGCACACAAGCUUUGAGAGUGACAACAUAGCUUUAAAUGCUUUCACUAACUCCCCAAAACUGGAUGCAUGCACCGAAACUAAUCACGCUAACCGUGCUACUAACACAAAUGAUUUAACCGACACUAAUAUGCAUCACGCCCCCUGUCACUCCUUGUCAGUAAAGCUCAACAGCGGCUCCCCAGAUCCUGGUUCUUCAGGUCUCGGCAGCUCAGCAGAAGAGGAUUUCCUCUCUUGUUUCUCUUCUUAUUCGGACAAAUUCUCUGCAUCCUCAUCCGAAGAAGCCGAGGCACAGAACUUUGAAAGCAACAUCCUCGGCUUUGAGAAAUCCUUCGAUUCAUCGGUUGGAAAAAAUGUAAAGCCCUCAGAAUCGGAAGAUGACAUUACUGCCGGGUCCAGUGGUCUGUCUUUAGUCGACAUAGCCCAACACACUGUUAUUCAGCACAGGGAUGGUGAUGAAAAGGCAGAUUUCCACGGUUCAGAGGGGUCUUUGGCACCCGAGUCCCCAGUGCUCACACAUGAGCAGCCUGUGAUCGCUGCAAGAGAGACAGGUGAGGAUGCACUUAUUCAGGCACCAAACCUUUCUGAUGUCCUAUACUCUGACUUACCAAAACUCUCAGAACUACAGCCAAAACCAGACGUCUCUUUACAGCCCGACAAUGAAAAUGGAGGGAAAGGCAUAGGGGAAUUCAGCGGAUCUGUAGAGGAUUUUUCAAAAGUGUUAAAUGUGAGUAACACUAUGACUCCAGAUUAUAAACUCUGCUCCACACACCCAUCACUAUACAUCAUAACCUCCUCCCCUGACGUGAGGCAGAGUUUGUCGGACUCUGCCGUUGAGAGCACUAGUUCAGGUCCUAUGCCAUUCAGGCUUUUCGGCGAUUUCCUCAACACCAGUCGCAUUGCGAACAGUCCCAGCCAAGACUUGGACGACACACCGUUGCGCGCUCAGGUGCCGGAUCUGAGCAGCAGCAGCUUUUUCCAAAGCCUUUAUGUCAGCACCGACUCGCAGGAUUACCAAACUUGUGUGUCUCACCCGUCCACCAAAUGCUCCAGCGGCUCGGAGCCAAACGAGACGCUGCACUCUGUGAACUCAACGCUCUGUGGCGAGCCGAGUGAGAUUCAGACGACUGCGGAUGCUGCUUCGGGGCAAGAAGAUUCCGCCGACGCUCACAAGCCACGUGAUGAAGAAAUCAACCAGACCGACCAAUCUGGAGGAUCCUUCUGUGGAGCCGAGGACAAGAUGACCACUCAUGAGCCAAGUGUCAUGACAGGGGAAAAGUUCGGUUUACUCCCUGCGGCACAGACUGACUCUUACGUGAGCUGCAGUCCAAGGAAGCUCAUCAAAGGUGUGGUAAGCCAGCAUGUCGUCUUAGGUGACGUAUUCUCGAAAUGCCCUCAGGCACAAAACGCUACGCUACACCGCUCCCAGUCCGAGGGCAUACUGACCCCUGCCUUUGACAAACUCCUCCUGCCCUCCUUUGGGAGUGAUCCCGGUGCGAUACAGGAGUCCUCCUCAGUUCAGCCUGGCCCUGACCUCCCCUCCCUGGCCUCCUUUGCUCCCUCUCUCACUCCUCAAAGUAGUAGCUCCCCUGUAGCGCUCUGUUCCCUCCCUCCUCUUGCUAACGCUACGGCGAGGUCACCACCCAGCACGGCACCAGCUGCGGCGCCAAAGCCAAUGCUUCAGGAGACGCAGCAGCAGCAGCAGGCAGCCAAUCAGCAGAACAGCCCCCACCCAGUGAAGCCCCUGACCACUGCCAUACUGGCUGAAGAGAAGCGGACGGAGGGCCGGUCAGUGCUGGCCACCGGCCUGGAGAAACUCAAGUCCACCAUCCACCCAGGGAGGAGCAGCCAGCUCAGCGAGCAGGACCCAGACAGGAAGAAGCCCGUGGCCGUGGGCGCGGGUGCCGGCUCGUACUACCACCUGAACCACAGCGAGCUGGUGGCCCUGCUGGUGCAGCGGGAGGCCGAGCUGCAGAGGCAGAAGGCGGAGUUUGAGCGUCAGAAAUCUCUGCUAGCCAAGCGGGAGGUGGAGCUGAAGAAGUUGAAGCCGCAGGUCAAAGAUCUGGAGGACUACAUUGACACGCUGCUGGUGCGCAUCAUGGAGCAGAAGCCCACUCUCCUGCAAGUGCGCUCCAAGUUAAAGUGACGAAUGGGGGGGGGGAGGGGGGGGAGGGUUAGCGGUUGUGUUCACGCUGUCCUCCACAACAGCUCUUUAGUCUUUUCACUGCUAUGCUGUCCUUUUUUGAUACAAAAAUCUCUAGGCACUGAGAGAUGUCGAGGCCAUGUUUUCCAGCCGGCAUGCUUUAACUGUGCUGAAACACACACGUCCUGGCAGAAGGCUUUGGUUGGGGCGGCUCUCAAUGUAGCGGGUCCUCAGGUUGUUUUCAGGUUCACACAGCCAGUUGGUUUCCAGCUCCCAGAGGAGAGCCCACAUGCUUCCCUUUUGGGAUCCUGAUUGUAGAAACAUUGAUUCCUCCUUUUCACCUCACUCCUGUCACCUUAUCACAAAAGAGACAAAUGGUAGAGUUUCAGUCCAUGACACUGUAUAUACAACUAACUCCUCACAAAAUUGUUUGUUUUUUUUAUCUCCAAAAAAAUGUUCUCCAAAAGUGUUGCAGUUCUGUAGAGAAAGGAGAGACGUGAAGGGCCACUCUGGUGCUUUUGCAUGUUUCAGACCAUUAACCCCAAAUUGCAUACACUUUAAGUCAAUCCUGGGCAUUUGUGUAGCGUGUACCAUCAGGCUUAAAUCGAUUUUAUACCUUCGAGGCAGCCAUUGGUUUCACUUCAUUUCAGUGCAGCUGCUGCAUUGAGCUCAAUUUGCCGAGACCCGAAACCUGCUUUUUUUUUUUUUUUUUAAAUAGUGCAACAUUCAAGAUUCAGUUACCAGAAAACCUUAUUGUAGGUCUGCAACUAGUGUUUUAAGACAAAGAAAAGUUGCAAAUCCUGAUAAUCUGGGAAGGUGGAAAUACAGUAUCAAAUGUUUGGCACUUUGGCAAAACUGGUUGAAACAAUUAAUAGAUUUUUAAAACGGUUAGUUUCCUGCAAGUUGACUAAUGGAUACAUUGACUCAUUAUGCCAGCUCUACUAUGUUGUCAGAAAAUCAAUAGACAACUGUUGUAAAUCUGGUUGUGUCUGGCAGCAGCAACGGACUGUCAAAACAGGCCUGGCUCCCAACCACUGAAUGACACAAUGGUACCACACCACUAAUGUGCUACACAAUGUUCACUGCAGGGGAUCUCAAGCAAGGUUCAAGUUUCUGCCAGUGGUUUUCCAUGCUUAAAGGAACCGUUCAACGUUUUGGGAAGUACACUUGUUUGCUUAACUUUCCAAGAGUUGGAUGAAAAGACCGAUACCAUUCUCGUGUCUGAGAGAGCUAUUGAUUUUCUCAUCUAAUAAUUGUAUUUUUAAACAUUGCGCUUUUCUCUGAUAGAACUGAAACCAAUGGGUGCUUAGAAGGAUGGGAAAAAAAAUCUAUAAUCUUUAGGUAUGCUUUGUAAAAUAGUCUGUGUUAUUUUGAAGUAUACACAAUAUUUGGUUAAUGAGGUAAAUUCAUGCAAAACCACCAAUAUGUUUCUCAUACAGUAAUGACGUUCUGCUUGUGAUUGGCAUCACUUUGUCCAGAUGGUUUAUAUGUUGUUCUGGAUUGACACUCUACAAAAAUGUUCCCUAAUAAAUAUCCAGUGCUCGGACUAGUUUAAGAAACCACAAACCAGAUGAGCGGUGUGAGAGCUGAGCCUUGUCGCAGCCACGUCGCUGGGAACGGAUUGGAGCUUCUGAAUGUUCAAAAGUGUUCUUAGCCAGCAAGUGAAUGCUUUUACGCACGAUCAAGUGCUGUUUAUCUUUUGCUUGCUCCCUUCCUAUUGUUUCCACCUUGGUUUCUUCGUCUUUCGUUUCUGUUCUGCGGGCAUGUCUUGAAAUUACCCACAAUGCUCAGCCACAUAAGCUAACUUAUUCUUGUAUGGGUCACAGUGUUAUCAGGUGAAGACAGUAUCACUCAGUAUCCAGUCUGUAUCAAGAUCAGCCAUCACAGCUUGUCUGAUCUCAGGCUUCUGCCUUCCCACACGUGUGUGUGUGUGUGUGUGUGUGUGUGUGUGUGUGUGUGUGUGUGUGUGCGUGUGUGUGUGUGUGUGUGUGUGUGUGUGUGUGUGUGUGUGUGUGUGUGUGUGUGUGUGUUAUCAACACAACUCCACUGCUGAGAAAUGCCUGCGAACAUGCUGCUUCUUGACUGCCCUCCCUCAGUGUCUGUGUGUCUGUCACAUCCGCUUCUGCUCAAGCACGCAUAUCCUUACUGCUUCCAGGUGUUACAAAGGGAUAUAUACCGCAAUUCUAGAGCAUAUAUGCCGUAUUGAAAUGCCAAAUACUGCCUUAUUUUUGUUUUUGUUUUUGACGCUCGUCAAGAAUCAAGCACUUAAUUUAGCUCGUCGGGGCUCGGGGCAGGUUUUGAAGAAGAAAAGCCAUUUGUUAGCUGAGAGAGUUCACUUAUUUUGACUUCUUUUGAUGCUUUGUUAUGAUAUUGUUAAGAUCACUGCACACAAAUAAAUUGUAUGCAUACCAAUAGAAAUUGAGCAGUAAUAGUGAUUUCCUGUGAAAUGCCAAAAAAGAAGAAGAAAAGAAAACAGCCUUGAAACUUAAUCUAUGGAGCAGAUUGUUACACCAUGAAGUAUUCUGAUAUGAUGCCACAUUUAACAGCGUUCGUGGAUGUUCUUGCACUACUUAAUCGUCAGAACAUAACUCUACUGUACCCGUCUGUUGAUAUCAGUAUAGUUAGAUCUUCUUUACACCGUACUGCACUUUCUAAUCGCUCUGUGACUUAAGCACUCGGGCCUACUUUGACACCACAACGAUGGUUUGCCAGUGAGCUUGAAGCAUACAAAAACAUCCCAAACCGUCAUCUGUCGUCUCAGUGCAUAGAUGACCGAUGAGACAUAUAUUAAAUGUGACUCGGCACUUCAGAAGCGCAAGAAUAAAUGUCCUCUUCCAUGUCUUCCAUUUUUAUUUAAGUUUAAAACUGAUUCUAUUUUGUCCUUUUUGAGUGUGUAGCCGGUGGAAUGUGCUUAAGGUAGUAUGUGAGAUUGGAAAGUUUACAAUUCGUGAUGCAAUUCUGUUUCACAAAUUUUGUAUAUUUAAUAAAGAAUAUUUUGUGUUUCUUGCUCACCGUA